CGCCUCGCGACCUUCUCCUCUCGCUGCAAGAACAACACUCUCCUCUUCUCUUAUCAUCAUCGCCUCCUCGCCCACACCCAAGAACUCGAAGGCGAAACUCGAUUCCUUGUUCCUUUCUCCUUCCCUUCAUCGCGAUCUGUUGUUCCCUGGUCGAGCGGUUCGCGGAUCCUUGCGGGUUUUGUUCUUCUUCGAGGAGGCGGAGGAAGGAAGGGAUCUGGCCUAGCGCCGUCUGGUGCGGUUUCCAGGCCGCCUGCUCGUCAGUUCGCCCCAGCCGCCGCCGGGAUCUGUACAAGUCUUCCAUCAAGAAGGAAACAUCUUAGGGAAUGCAGAAAGAUGUGUUUGCAUGCUAGAGAACUACCUUGCGAGGCAAUUGGCAGGGUAGCCACCCGUGUUUCUGCUUUGAUUGACCUUGAUGACAUUGGUUCACAAGAACAUACACACCUCUUGUUCCAUGUGCUUUCGCACGAUGGGGUUCGACGUCGCAUCUCAACCAUCUUCUUAGAUUACCAUCUCGGAGGUGACGGUUGAAGGUCAUCUAGCGCUUGCAGGCUCCUUGAAGGUUCGGGAUCACUGCUUCUCUGUGUGCAUAGCAUAUAUCUGGCAAGAUGGUAGAGCAGAAGGGAAAUAUUCUGAUGCAGAAGUACGAGAUGGGGAAGAUGCUUGGGCAAGGGACCUUUGCCAAGGUUUAUCAUGCCCGUAAUAUUCAGACCUCGCAGAGUGUUGCCAUCAAGGUGACUGACAAAGAGAAGGUUUUGAAGGGUGGUCUCACUGAUCAGAUCAAAAGAGAGAUUUCUGUGAUGAAGUUGGUGAAGCAUCCAAACAUUGUUCAGAUGUAUGAGGUUAUGGCUACCAAAACGAAGAUAUACUUUGUGUUGGAGCACGUGAAGGGUGGCGAGCUGUUUAACAAAGUCCAAAGAGGAAGACUCAAGGAAGAUGCUGCAAGGAAGUACUUCCAACAGCUGAUCUGCGCAGUUGACUUUUGUCACAGCAGGGGCGUCUAUCACCGUGAUCUGAAGCCAGAAAACCUUCUUCUUGAUGAGCACAGCAAUCUGAAAGUUUCAGAUUUCGGUCUAAGUACUAUUUCUGAAUGUAGAAGGCAUGAUGGGAUGCUCCAUACAUCCUGCGGCACGCCUGCUUAUGUUGCUCCAGAAGUAAUCAAUAGAAAAGGCUAUGAUGGCGCAAAGGCUGACAUAUGGUCUUGCGGGGUGAUCCUCUUUGUGCUUUUGGCUGGGCAACUCCCAUUCCAUGAUAAGAAUCUGAUGAAUAUGUAUAAGAAGAUUGGGAAGGCAGAAUUCAAAUGCCCAAGUUGGUUCUCAACAGAUAUUCGAAGGCUUCUGCUAAGGAUUCUAGAUCCUAACCCCAGCACAAGGAUCUCAAUUGAAAAAAUCAUGGAAAAUCCUUGGUUCAGGAAGGGUCUAGAUGCAAAGCUGCUCAGGUAUAAUUUACAAGCAAAGGAUGCAGUUCCUGUUGACAUGAGCCUGGCUUCUGAAGCAAUGAUGGAGGGCAAGCUGCAAGAAGAAAAGAAGCCCACCAACUUGAAUGCUUUUGAUAUAAUUUCCCUUUCAACUGGACUCGACCUCUCUGGUUUGUUUGAGGAGCCUGACAAGAAGAGCGAGUCCAAGUUCACAUCCACCAGCACAGCUUCAACUAUCUUAUCGAAGAUUGAGGACACUGCGAAGUCCUUGCGACUAAAGCUCACCAAGAAAGACGGUGGACUGUUGAAGAUGGAAGGUUCCAAACCAGGAAGGAAAGGUGUUAUGAGCAUUGAUGCUGAGAUAUUCGAGGUUACCCCUAGCUUUCAUCUUGUGGAGCUGAAAAAGGCAAAUGGUGAUACUCUGGAGUACCAGAAGGUGCUGAACCAAGAGAUGAGGCCAGCACUGAAGGACAUAGUCUGGGCUUGGCAAGGUGAGCAACCCAAGCAGCCGCAGCCGCAGCAACAAUGUUGAAACCGUGACAAGUGCAACAUUUUGUAAUUUGAGGCUAUCUACAAUCGUUCAUGUAUCUCUGUAGUUUCCAUCGUUCGUUGUUCGUUGUUCGUUAUUCGUUUCCAUUCCCCUUGUAAUGUCAAUAUAAACUUCUCUGGCAUCUUCAGAUGAAGAUUUAUUUGAAAGCAUGCUUUUUUUUUCACCUCCUCAGGAGAGAUGAUAAGUCUUGACUGCAAAAUAUCUCAAGGAAAACCUGUUUACAUUA